GAGCUUCAUUCAGUCCAUAUGUGAAAUUGGAUUUUGCAAUUUAGUUGAAAUGCACAUCAGCUGCGCAUCCAACAUCAGUGGUUAAGUCUUCAGUCGAAAUAUGUCCCUCUAAUUUUUUUUUUCUUUCAGGGCAAAAAUCUUGGACUAUCUCACUCUUGAUUUUCUUCUCUUUUUUUUUCCUCCUCCUGAGCCAGACGCCAUAUACACGCCUUCAGCAGUCGACCCAGUUUUGACUGCGCGGACUGCCCUGCUCCCACUGUCAUCAGAGGGUCCCGAAACUGAAGUUUAUCUCUCAGCGAACUGGUUCAGCACCUAUUUUACUCGUUAAUCGUCCUGCACAUCGAGUGAACAUGUAAACAUGGAUUUUAUGAAGCUGUUUGGCACAGUGAUCGCCGUUUUGUUCCACCCUCGAUCCGCUACUAAAAUAAAUGGCCAAAGAAUUUGUCGGCGCGGGACUGAGCGCCCGUGCUACCGGGUGUCAUACGUCCAGGACAGCAGGCAGAGACUGACCUUUGAGGAUGCCAGGCAGGCCUGCAGGAUGGAUGGCGGCGAGCUGCUCAGCAUUGAGACAGAAAGCGAGCAGCAGCUGAUAGAGAGGUUCAUACAACGGCUGAAGGUUGGGGACGGGGACUUUUGGAUCGGGUUCCGUCGCAGCCCACAGCGUUACAGGGCAGGCACCCUAAUCCCAGGUUGCCCCUCGCAGUACUACUGGUUGGAUGGAACCAAGGCCAAGUUCAGGAGCUGGAACUGGGAUGAGCCGUCGUGUGGUAGUGAAAUGUGUGUGGUUUUGUACCACCAGCCGUCUGCGCCACCUGACGAAGAGGGUCAUUUCCCUUUCCGGUGGAAUGAUGAGAACUGCAGCUCCAAGAACAACUUUGUCUGCAAAUACUCGAAAGAAAAUGUGGAUGGGAACACAGAACGUGCAGUUCCAUCACUGAGGCCAAAUAUAUUGUCAACUACAAAAAGUUAUGAGAGGAUCGAAGUAGGACUACCCGAGUCAUCAGUAUCUUCCUCCAACAACUCCCUCUACGUUUCCUACAUUCUUUAUGCAACUAUUCCUGCCCUGCUGUUGCUACUGUUUGCAGCUGUUGGGUUCCUCUGCUACAAACAUCAUGCUAAGAGGCGGAAGAAGAACACGGAAAGCUACCCCAGCAGUUCAAUACAGUGGAUGUCGACAGCAGCAUCACCUUGCCCCGUGCAAGGACCUUAUGCCUUUAGCGAUGUCACCAAACUCCCUCACACCUCUCUGGACGGCAGAGUGCCAGCAGACAUCAUGACAGAGUACUCCUGUGCACCUUCCCAUGACGUCCAGUGCGACGAUUACGAGAAUGUCUCGUCUGUGGAAAAGGAGAGUGGCUUUGUGAACAAUGACAUCUAUGAGACCUGCAAAACUCAAAGCCGCCGCUGCCGCCGUCAGACUGGAUGGGUGGAAAAUGAGAUUUAUGGAUAACAUUGAUGUCCAUCAACACCACACCAGAUAAUAACUAUGACCCAUCCUGACAGAAGAACAAACUGUUUUCCAUCCAUUUCUUUCUUCCUUCCUGCUUACCUUUGCAGUGCAGGAUUGCUAAACUGUGUUGGCCUGGACUUAUCUCUACAGGUUAUUUGGACGUAGAACAUCCGAGAUCCAUAGUUGUAAAUGUUGCAGUGAUCAUAUAUUACAAAUCUUUUCAAUAAAUGUUUUUAUUAAUUAAAACUAAACUCUCCAGAGCGAUUGGCUACAUGAGCGCUAACAUGCUCACAAAGGCAUUUGACAACAGGUUCUGAUGCAAUGUUUUCCAUUUUUGCCAUUUUAGCAAAGUUGGCUAAUAUUUACUGAUUAGUUUGAGGUCUUGUGAAUAUUUGGUCAUAAAACAUAAAAAGAUCACAAAAUAUAUUCUGAAAAGGGCGGGGAUGCGUGCAUCACAUUUCAUUGCAUUCCCUUGAGUAGCUAUUGACAUGCUAACAGCCACAAUUGGUGAACUUCAAGCUUUUUUAGAUCCAUUAUCUGGAAAGUAUAAAAUGGUAUGCUAAUUCAGGUUGGAAAGUUUGAGAUGUUUCUCAGGGUAAAUCUGAACUGGGUGGAGGCACACGAGGAAAAGGGAGAAACAUUAGGCUUCAGCCUCAGGGGACUGGAACAGGGAAUUGUUGAGAUAUUUCUGGCUAAAGUGGUGGACUACCUGAGGGACUUUGCUGUCCUCGAGCCAUGCCGGUAGUGUGGCUAAAAGUUAAUAUAUUUCAAAUCAAAUUUUAUCAAACAAAUAUCAGAGACAGAAUUCUCACUGUGCUAGAUAUACACACUGCGUAUAAAGUCACCCUGUAUGGAGACCUAGCUCAAAAGACAACAAACUCUUUUUUUGAAAUGUAAGAAAAUACAUUUUUAAAUAGCUUGGCUUGGGUUGACUUCUUGUAUCUGCUCAUUUUGAUGCGUCACUUCUGACAACAGGUUUUUAAAGUGCCAUUAAUGAAAUCAGAUAAGCAGUAAUGAGUCAGGUCAGUUUGGUGGUAAAUUCGAGAUGGUAAAAGGUAGAAAGCCAUGGGAAUACUGUGAGUCCCCCAUUAAGCUACUCAGCCGUUCGUUUUCCAAUACAGUCAGCAGAUAUUAUGAGACACGGGGACAAUAAAGAUCCUGUUUGCUCUCUUCUGCGAAGGAGUCGUCCAAACGCUGUUACUAUUUUGUCCUCUAGACCUAAAGAAUGAUGUCAUCCGUGUGCAGAGCUUCCUGUUUGAAUCUGAUGUCAGGGAACAGGACAGUAUGUACGGAAACACUGAUGACAGAACUGUGCUGACAACGAUAAACCUCAAAGUUGCAGACUUUCCUGACUCCACCUGAUUGUGUGAGAAGCUCAACCCUCCUGCUGAUCCCACCGCACUGACACUUUUUAGGAUUGACCAGUUAAGGCAUGGACUCAUUUAACGGUAUUAGUGUGUAAAUGUGGGGAAUCACAAGGGCAUACAUUACUGAAUACAAAUCCCUGUGUUAUUUAUGGACUGAGUGGGCUGUUUGGUCGGUGCUUUGGAAAGAUGUAGCAAGGCCUUUAAGGAGAGGCUGAGUGUGUUCUUGGAGAAUGUUAGGCAGGAAAUGCCAAAAGCACAUCUGGAACUCUUACAUUCAGGAAGUCUAUGCGUGACAGCGGAGGCCUUGGGAGUGCUGCUCUGCCUGCCUGCUUAGCAAUCCACUGCUCUCUGUUGGACUGUCACUGAACACAACAUGAAGAGAACCACUGCUGGGUGUGAAUGUGUGCUGCACCUCAAGUCAUUUUGUGCUGAUAUCGUGCUCCUUAUUGAACAGCAGCAAGGUUAUAUUUAAUUGUGUAAAAGUGUGUAUGGAAAUGUCUGCGGGAUUCUAUAGGCGCGUGAUAUAUGAAUUAACACUACUAUAGUGGGAGCAGAGCUUGAGAAAGGAGCUCUGCGGAAAUGUGCUUCAAUUUUCUACUUCGGCCAACAGGUGGUGCUGUCAUGUAGCUCACCAGUGGCUUUGUCUCCGUGUCUUUGUGGCUGAUAAAAUGUCUGGUUUCACAUGAGCUCCUGCAUGUUAGAUUAUAUAAUGUUAUAGAUUUGCAAUGUCCAUUGCAUGUAUUUCUUUUGUUGUAUAAUUUCGGCAUGCAGAAGAUUUGUAUCAACUUUUUGUCAUUUAUUAUGUAAAAAUUCUGCUCGAAUGUAUAUAUUUGUCCCAUUCAUAACUGCAGGGCACAUUCUCAGAGCGAUUAAAACAAGUAGUUUCGUGCUGCUUUUUGAAUGCAUUAAAGAUAUUUUUCUUGCA